AUGAUAUAUAAUUCUAUUGGGAGUGUAACGUUUCUACCAACUCAAUCGGGGAGGACACUGAAUUUGCCACGGAUCUCUGAUGUAUGUAAAGACCUUGGAAAACAGGUGUUCGACCAAACUUCAAUACUAAUGAAUUAUAUACUGUCAUCAGUCAACUUAACGGAACAAGAGCUGUUUAUUAACUUUCCGUCUUUAUCGACCGAGAGCGUCAUACAUGGGAGUUUGAAAACUAUGAUGCCGCAAACCUCAAUAUUCUCAAGUUCUUUAAAGUUUGAAAACUCAAAGGAGUUUGUCCUCCUCUUUUUUCACUUAUACAAAACAUUACAGGAGUUCUUGAAUAACCCUGCACCAUACCCUUUGUGUUACAAAUCACACGGAUACGUUUACUCUUUGAAGAACAUCUUCGAGUUUUUCAAACAAUCAAAUUUGGUAUUAAACUCUUCGCAGAGCACCGGCGUCAAAACACAAACAACACAAAAUGGGCUUAUCGACAUUUCCGAUAAGAAGCUAUUGGGACACUUCCAGCUGCACAUCUUCUUCCUACGCCUUGUUGCGGAACAAUUUGAGGAAUACGUCCAAGACAUGAAUGUCCGUGUGCAGUCGAAACAAGCUAUCUUUCCUCGGGGAAGAAUCCCUAUUAGUAAUACAGAAACGAUGAAUACAAUCAUUUCAGCCAGUUCUAUAUACACACGAGAAAUUUACGAGAUAACAAACACUAUGAGUUACUUACUGAGCUCUGUUGAGGUUCUUAAGACUAUUAACAAGUGGGUAGAAGUCAAUGGCAUUGAUGAGAUGAGUACUGUUCGUAAAGUGAUUACUAUGGUGAAGACUGAGAAGUGGGGACUACUGAAGAAAGGAACAUUGUCUCUGUAUACGACCGACUUCUUUGGAGUGUUGUCGAUAGGUGCGCAACUGUUUUUAUUUGAGGGAGGAUUACUAGUUUUGGUAACUAAAGAGAAUAGUAUGGAAUUUAAAGAAUGGUUUCCUAUGGAAUCCAUUGUGUUGGGUACAAUUGAAAUUUGCGACGACUUUCCAAAGGAAUGUGGCAUCUUCGCGGUAGUGAUAUCUUCGACAGAAGCGAUACAAAUCCCAAUCAAAGUGAUUGGAAAAGAAAGUGAACUCCUGGAGUGGACAAGUUUGGUCAACCACUUGAAGGGAACGAAAACUGGAAAACCUAACCAAAGCAGACCAGCACCUAAAAGAGUCAGAAAAAUGUCGUUUCAAGGGAUUCGACAAUCGAUCAGUCGACCAAAUUUGGUUGUGAAGACGGAAGUGCCACUGAGCGAGAAUGUAUCUAUUAAAUCGAUAAUCGAGUUACUGAAAGAAGGGUUUCAUGUUGACGCCACGACAAAGAACGGAGAAAGUGUGUUAGAGCCAAGUCAACAAAUGAGUGCGUUUUUGAAGCAAAUUGAAAAGAAAAAUGUCCUCACGAAAAACACGUUGGAACAGAUCAAAGGAAUCAAAACAAAGAAUUUUAGUCGCAUUAAAGAAACAUUGGAUUUGGUGUUAACGGCGAAGAGUAUCACUCAGAAGAAUGUGAUAUUAGUCCACCUCUUUUUGUUGUUGAUGUACUCCUUUGUUAUUGAUAAAAAAGACGGCGAGAAGUACGACAAACACUGUGCAGACUUCCUUCAACAAGUCACCAGCCAAUUUUUUGGAGAUGAAAAUUUUGGGUCCGCCUUUGGAUUUAUAGUGGAGCACCUCCCUUCUAUUUAUAACAAGAAGAUGAGACUGUAUGAAAAUAGUCUGAUGAGUAUCAUCAUCUAUUUGCGUUCGCCACGAGUUGAAAAAAUCGGGUGUUUACACGAAAAGCUCUUUUUGUUUCGAAGCGAUGGGAACGUUGAAAUACGGAACAUUGAGGGGAUUAAAGAGACCGAGUUGAAUCUCACUUCGAAAGUAUUCAACGUGAGUUGUCCUGAAAAUCAAAUAGUGUGUAACACGAAGAGCGAGAUCAUACUAUUUAACGAGUACAAAAUAAUUAAACGAGUGAAAAUGAUUGCACAUUGUGUGUGUGCGACGAAUGAGAAAAUUGUUGCGGUGACUGAAGAGGCACUUAUUCUUUAUGACAACAACCUGAAUGUCAUCAAUUCGGUUGAACUUGAGGUAGAACACCCUAAACUGUGUUUUGAAAACAAUGAGUACCUUUGCAUAGCAUGUACACAAUCGCAAAUUGAAGUCUUCAUGACAUACAACAUAAACCUUGAAUUGAUACACACCGAAGAAAUAGUGAAUAACGAGGCAGUCCGUUCUGUAAUUGGAGAUGAAGACUUUGUAUACGUUGGGACGGAAAACGGAAGACUUCUGCAAUACCAUCGAGGAAUUUUAAUGUGUGAAAAGAUGUUGAAUUGUGGAGCUAUCACUUCGGUGACUAAAAUAGGAUAUAACUUAUAUGUCUUUGGCACAUUAAUACCACUCGUUGUUGUAUAUUACAAAAAUCUUAUUACACUCCAAAUGGGGACACUGCUUGGGUUGAACUCGUGUGAAUCUGUUGUGAUGACAGGCGAUUUGAAGAGAAAAGUUGUUGAGGAGAUUCAUGACGACCAAAUGGAGUCUCCAAGAACACGAGCUGGGACUGUUAAUGAUAAAGGGAUAGUCGAGAAGAAAGUCACUGAAAAGCGCAGAGACGUCUGGGUUAUCAAUACCACAGGGUGUGUUGCUCGAUUUGUUACAUACACAAUGCACCACAGAAGAUUCGACACAUUUUCUGAAACAAAUAAAUUCGUUGGACAACAUCCGACACACUGUUUUUGCGAGUAUUCAAUUGGUCUUUGCGAAAAGUGCUUUAUUUGCGGAUUAAAUGGCGAUGGUCGAAAAGGUUUCGUUUGCAAAGUGUGUGGGGAGAAAGUCCAUCAAGGGUGUUUAGAUGUCGGAUUCAUUAUGAAAGAAUGCAAACUAUAA